AUGGGUUAUUAUUUAGCUGAUGGUAUAUAUCCAAAAUGGUCUACUCUUGUUCAAAGUAUUCAUGAUCCACAUCAUCCAAAAAAGAAAUUAUUUGCAAUGAAACAAGAAGCAUGUAGAAAAGAUGUGGAACGUGCAUUUGGAGUACUGCAGUCUAGAUUUGCAAUUAUUGCUGGACCGACACGUCUUUGGAAUAAAAAAGUAUUACAUGAUAUAAUGACUUCAUGUAUUAUUAUGCAUAAUAUGAUAAUUGAAGAUGAACGUGAUAUUAAUGCAUCAAUUGAAGAGCGAGUCGAAGUGCCAAGUCCAGAAGUUCAGAUGGUAGAAGAUUAUAAUGCUCGGUUUCAAGAAUUUCUUACUAGACAUAGAAAAAUCAAGGAUAAGGAAGCUCACAUUGAGCUUCGAAAUGCAUUAAUUGAGCACUUGUGGGAUGAAUAUGGUAACUCACAAAAUUAA